AUGGAGGUACUGGUAAUUUCCUCGGAUCUUGGUUUACAUCCCAAGAACGUACAUCACAUGAUGAGCAAGAAUUUCGCCAACUACAUUAAAGGGCCCGAGCUUCGUGAGGAUUUUGAAGCUUUUGGGGAUGGGAUUCUCACUACGGAUUCAGAUGCAUGGAAAUACCACAGGACACUCCUUCAUUCGCUGCUUAAAACCAAGAGUUUUGGGAUGAUUCUGGAGAAGAAUGCUCGAAAGAAGGUGGAAAUAGGUAGAAAUGCCAAAACUUCAGCUCUCACUUGGUUCUUUUGGUUUGUUGGUAAACACCCUUCAGUAGAAGCUAAGAUUCUUGAAGAGAUCAAAGAAGAAAAGGAAGAACAAUAUCAAGUAUAUCUCCAUGGUGCUUUGUGCGAAGCUCUGAGAUUGUACCCUCCCGUACCUUUCGAGCGCAAUGAAGCAAUAAAACACGACGUACUUCCCAGUGGGCAUGAGGUUGGUCCUGGUACCAAGAUAAUGUCAUUUUUGUAUGCAAUGGGAAGAAGUGAAGAGGCAUGGGGAAAAGAUUGCUUGGAAUUCAGACCAGAGAGGUGGAUCUCUGAGAGAGGAAGCAUCGUUCAUAUACCGUCAUUCAAGUUCGUUAGGUUCAACGCAGGAGCAAGGACUUGUUUGGGUAAGGACUUGUCCUUCAUGCAAAUGAAGAUAGUGGCGAGUUCUAUUUUGAGGAAUUAUCAAGCCCAUGUGGUGGAAGAUCAUCCUAUUUCUCCUCCACUUUCUAUAAUAUUCCUAAUGAAGUACGGUCUCAAAGUUCGAAUCACAGAAAGAGUGAUAUAUUGUUAA